AUGGUCAACAUCACCUAUGGCGUCCUGAGCGCCCCCGACGGAACCGUCGCUGGCUCGUCCAACACGCUCCCUCUCGGAACUGACAUCAUCGUCACCUACGGCCCCAACAACGACAUGGUCGCCUCCUACUCGCCCGGUGACAUCUCCUGGGUCCUCACCUGCACCGCCCUCGUCUGGCUCAUGAUUCCCGGUCUCGGCUACCUCUACUCGGGUCUCGCCCGCAGAAAGAACGCGCUGCACCUUCUCCUCUUGACCCUCGCUGCCCUCGCCGUCGUCUCGUUCCAGUGGUUCUUCUGGGGCUACUCGCUCGCCUUCUCUCAGACCUCGGGCGCUUUCCUCGGCAACCUCCGCAACUUUGGCUACAUGGGCGUUCUCGAGAACCCCGUCCCCCAGGCUUACAACAAGGUCCCCGAGAUCGUCUACGCCAUCUACCAGUGCAUGUUUGCCAACCUCGUCCCCGCCAUUGCCAUCGGUGCCGCCUGUGAGCGCGGUCGUGUCUGGCCUUUCCUCAUCUUCACCUUCGUCUGGACCACGCUCGUCUACGACGUGAUCGCCUGCUGGGUGUGGAACCCCACCGGUUGGGCGUUCAAGUGGGGUGUCCUCGACUACGCCGGUGGUGGACCCGUCGAGAUCAACUCGGGUAUCACCGGUCUCGUCAUCUCGUACUACCUCGGCCCUCGUCACGGCUACGGCACUGAGCGUCUCCUCUUCAAGCCCCACAACGUGUCCUACAUCUUCCUCGGCACCGCCUUCCUCUGGUUCGGUUGGCUCGGUUUCAACGGUGGCUCCGUCUUUGCUGCCAACCUUCGUGCUGCUAUGGCCAUCUCCACCACCAACCUCGCCGCCUCGGGUGCUGGUCUCACUUGGAUGUUCCUCGACUGGCGUCUGGAGCGCAAGUGGUCCGUGGUUGGUUUCUGCACGGGUGCCAUUGCUGGUCUCGUUGCCAUCACUCCUGCUGCCGGUUUCGUCGGUAUGCCCGCCGGUCUGCUCAUCGGUGUCGUCGCCGCGGCCGCGUCCAACUUUGCCACCGUCCUCAAGGGCCCCAUGCGUGUUGACGACGUGAUGGACAUUUUCUCCGUCCACGCUCUCGCCGGCAUUGUCGGAACCCUCAUGACCGGCAUCUUCACCCAGGCCUCGGUCGCCAACAACGACGGCAACACGGUCAUCACCGGCGGCUGGCUCGAUGGCAACUGGAUCCAGCUCGCUUACCAGCUUGCUUACUGUGUCGCCGUCACCUCGUGGUGUGGUGGUGUCACUUUCGCCAUCAUGUUCGUCAUCGACCACACGCCUUUCAUCGGUCCCUUCCGUUCGAGCGAGAUGGGCGAGGUUGUGGGUAUGGACGAGGACCAGUGUGGCGAGUGGGCCUACGACUACGCCUUCAUCAACCGCGACCUUGAGGGCAACUACAACCCCACCCACGGCCAGAAGCUCGAUAUCAACGAGAAGAUGCCCAACGUCCACCACACCUCUUCGCUCGGUUCGGAUAGCACCCCGGACCAGUCGUCCAAUGUGCUCGCUGACAAACAAGCCGCGUCCCGUGGCAAUGCCCACGCUCAGGAUGCAGAGGUCGCCACGCCAACCGAAGUCGAACAGAUGAAGGAGGCCGCUCACACCUCGUGA